AUGUUCAAUACGAGGAGAGUUGGUCCUCUGAAUUCAUCAACGCCAAAAAUGAAAUUAUCUCGCACAAAAUCUGACUCGUUUGAAUCGAAUCACACCGAGCCACUAUCAACUUUUUCACCACUUGGUUUUUCAUCAAGUUUUGCAUAUGGUGAGCAAGAAAUGACGCAGAUAUCGGCGAAAAAAGGCACUAUAUCUCAAACGAUACCUUUGCUUAAGAAAAAGAGUUUUCCGCGACGUAAUUCACAGUCACGAUCACGUGGUCAUAAAUUGCGUCGUUCGACACCACAAGUUUGGAAACAUCAGCGAAGUCCAGUGGAACUAUUUCUGGUACAGGAAAUUUCAUGA